AUGACUGGAAUGUCACGAACAGGUUGGCCGGUUGCUACGAGACCGCAAAAGAUGGUUACCUCACAAGCUACAGUGAAGAAGUCAAACGAUGUACGAAGCAACAUUGAUCGAGCCAUCAAUCUGUAUCCACUAACAAAUUAUACUUUUGGAACAAAAGACCCACAGGCAGAACGUGACCACUCAGUUCAAGCACGGUUCCAACGAAUGCGAGAAGAAUAUGAAAAAAUCGGAAUGCGGCGAUCUGUCGAAGGUGUAUUACUUGUUCAUGAGCAUUCAUUACCGCAUGUACUUCUGUUGCAAAUUGGUACCACAUUCUUCAAACUACCUGGUGGAGAAUUAAAUCCUGGAGAAGAUGAAGUUGAAGGAUUAAAACGGUUGCUUACAGAGACUCUUGGACGGCAAGAUGGUGCAAAAGAUUUAUGGACUAUUGAAGACGUUAUCGGGAAUUGGUGGCGGCCAAAUUUCGACCCUCCAAGAUAUCCGUAUAUCCCUGCGCAUGUAACCAAACCGAAAGAGCAGACUAAACUGUUUCUUGUGCAAUUGCCGGAACGAGCUCUGUUUGCAGUACCAAAAAAUUAUAAGCUUGUUGCUGCACCACUUUUUGAGUUGUAUGACAACUCCACUGGCUAUGGAAACUUGAUUGCUAGUCUCCCACAGGUCCUUAGUAGAUUCAAUUUUUUGUAUACUCCAUGA